GAAGAAGAACUGAUCGGGGUGGUAAAAUAAAGGAAUGGGCGAGAGAAGAUGAGUGUUGGUGGAGAGACGCUCUAGAAAACUUCGAGAAACCUGUUCCGGCCAAAGAAUUCUUCAAGGACGAUAGCAAGCCGUGGUGGGAGGAGGAGGAGAAGCCGAAGGUCAUUUCUGCCAAGGACUUCUUCAAGGACGAAAGGCCCUGGUGGGAGGCACAGGAGGAAGAGAAACCCAAGGUGAUUUCAGCCAAAGAAUUUUUCAAGGACGAGAUUCGUCCGUGGUGGGAAGCGGAGGCCGAGAAGAAGGUCGUUUCCGCCAAGGAGUUCUUCAAAGAGGACGACCGGCCGUGGUGGGAGGAGGCGACGGCCGCCGAGGACGAGUCCAGGGCCCCGGGGAUGGUCUCCUCGUUAAAAAAAAGCUCGGUGGCUGCGUCAUCUGCUGAGGACGUCGAGAGCGGCGAGGACAGCGGAGACGAAAGCGAAGAGGAGAGCCUAGAAUUCGAGUCCUACGAGGAGUCCACGAGGACCGAGGACUAUGAGGACGCCACCGAGAGCAUGAUGAGCGACUCCAGCACCAUGUACAGCGCCAGCGAAGGUGAACGCCUCCAGGCAAAGAUCGUGUUUAAGGAGAAGCCCUGGUGGGAGACCGAGGAGGGGGGCGGACGCGGGUCGCCGGAGAGACAGGUGCCUGAUGAUGUGAGUGAAGUGAGCGAAGCCACCGAGACGCUGGACAUGGACGGCAGCGAGAUCAGCGAGAUGACGACUGAGGUGUCACAGGGAUCCAUCGGGGAGCCAGACCACACGAUCAAGUUCAUGCGAAGGGAUAGGGAGCUUAUGAGGAGACUGGGAAACAAGGGGGAGGAUGAGGAUGAUGAAGAGGAGGAGGAGGAGGAUGAAGAAGAUGAGGAAGAAGCAGAUGAUCUCGAAAAUGAGGAGGAAGAAGAACAGGAAAAGGAAGAGGCACCUUCUAUUGAAAGAAAGUAUAAAGCAAAUGAAGAUGAAGAUGAAGCCGAAGAAGAAUGUGAGAGUGAAAGUGAGGAAUUAAAGAGUGAAGAUGAAAUCGAAGACAUGCCCGAUGAGGAACUCGAAGAAACAGAUCUCAAACUGGAGGAAUUGGAUGAGGAAAUUGAGACGAGUCCCAAGACUGAAGACGUUCCAGUACAAUCACAAACCACAGGUAUCACUGAGGAAACCAAGCGUGCCAACCACAAAGAGGAACCGGCCCAAGCAAACCAAGAACCUGUACGUGAACCUGUGGUUAAUGCGGAGGAAAAAGCUUCCCCUAAUCUUGAGAAAGUUGAGACGUCGAUCACAGUCUCGAGAGGUCGAUCUCUCUCGCCCGAAAGAACGGCCGGAACUAAGACGGAAACGGUGAGUAAACCGGACGAAAUUCAUUUGAAGGAGAAUACCAAUAACAUAGACAUAGAAAUCACUAAUCCAGAGAGUUUGACAGAACAUUUACUUAGCGUUCAGCAGAUUGAGGGAAAUCUACAGAAAUCGGAUUCUCAGACGAGUGGCUACGACUCAAGUCUAUCCUUGUCAGAGAGUAAAGCUCGAGAUCUUUCGAGGGACUCUGGGUGUGACAUCUCCGUCGGCGAGGCAGAGAAAGCCAUUGAAAGGGAAGCCAAGAACGAGUCCGAGAAAGAGACUGGGAUGAACACCGACAAAGGCAUUCCUGUUGAGCCAUCAGAAACUAUUGAAAUCAUCCCAGAGGAAAAUGGCGAGCAGACGGAGGGAAAUGUGAAGGUCCAGUCUACUAUAGGAAACAAAAUCAUAAUACAGCUCAAGCUGGAAAGUGACACUGCUCCAGACAACAAAGCUGGCAAUGUCAGUGACAAAGCUGAAGAACAAGAACAACUUAACGAGAGGAAGCGAGAGAAAUGUGAAGAACCCAAAUCGUAUGCAGCAGCAGUAAAGGAAGCCACUGACAAACCUCCCCUUCAGAAGAAAGUAGUCGAUGAGACACCCAGCGAAAGUAAGGAUCUCGAUUCGUUGGAAGACGUUGCAGAUCAAGGUGUGGCCAAAGAAAGUGCAGACAAGGUCGUAGUGAAUAAGAUGGAUGCAUGUUUAGCAAAGGUAGAUGCAAGUUUAGCCUGGGUAGAUGCUAGACUGACAAGAGAUGGUCACAAAACUUCCACCGAAAAUCUACCACAGAAAGAUGUUGAAAAGGAGAAGGUUACCUAUGCUGGCAUCGUGAAAAGUGGGGCUAAAAUAAAUAUUCCACAAUUGAUAGACAAGAAGUCAAAACAGUCCACCUCCUCUGACAAAAAGCCACAGCCACAUCCGCAGAACAAAACUAAAUCUGGGGAUAGCCUAGUUGUCUUGAAAGUACAAGCGCACGUUCCUGAAGAACACACAAAAGAACAGGAGAACAUCAAAGAUACAUGUGAACCUACCGAAACUUCCAGUGAACAGAAGAAAACCGAACCGUCAGUGGAUGUGAAGAACACCAGUUCAUCUCCUACACCUCCAUCUCAACCAAAAGUAACACAAGAAGCACCCAGCAGCUCAAUAACUUUUGCCAGUGAACAGAAAUCUCAGACUUUGCCUCCAAAGGACACUCCAGACGCACCCAAGGAUCCACAAACUAAAGGCAAAACCUCAACGACAAUGGUGACGCCGACCCCACCCCAAGACACCGAACAACAGGGCGCCCAAGCAAGAGAAAAUUUGCAAGAGCCAGUAAGCCAGUCCAAGGCAGAGGCAUCACAAGCCACAAGACGUGUUAGACCAGCGAUGAAGGAAGGCAAAGAAACAGCAGAAGAGACAACAGAUAUUCCUAAGACUAAAAGAGAAGAACCACCUGUUAUUGAGAAUGUUCCAAGGAGGCGUGAAAGGAGGACAGAAGACAAUACAAGACAAAAUAGUCCAUCAGAUAAGAAAGAACAAGAUCCCAAUCCACAUAAAAGUCAACGGAGAAGAGAAGAGAGCAGAACAGAACAUCAAGAGGAACAGCAAAAACCCAGUCCAGCAGACGUUUCACAGGGUGAACACAGACGGAGGAGAAGAGGAGAAAGUAGACAAGAAAAUGAAACGCAGCAGAGGCUAAGUCCAACAAACAGUAUUGUAAGUGAGGCCUCUACUAGGCCACAUGAAGUGCGCAGGAGACCUGAAAGCAGAAGUGAAGACAAACCACAACAGAUGCCGAGUUCAACAGAUGUUAACAAAACUCAGACAACCACCGGAGUUAGACGGAGACCAGAAAGCAGAAAAGAAGAAAUACCCAGUCCAACAGACAUUAAUCUAACAGAAGUUAGGCGUCGGUCAAGAACAGAGGUAAAGGCACAUGAUGAAUCGUCAAAAGAGCCCUUUUUGACGAAUGCUCAGGGGGGUAUCACCUUUAUUGACGACCUAUCAACGCCACAAAUGGUCAGACGACGAAGACCAGAUACCGCGCCCUCAGACUCAUCCAAGGAGAACAGACCUGCAGACAAUGAGUCCCAAGACGCGCCUCCAAGACGGGGUAGCGGCGAAGGCAGGAGUUCCCCGGAGAGGUCCUCCCCCGAGCUCGAAAGUGCUCUCCCAGGUCUUGCUUCCAGUAAGACACUCUGGAGAUGCAGCACUUAUGAGACGAUGAGCCUCAGUGACUACGACAACCUCGCCUUUAUGAUCCGCAAAUCCCGCAGCGCCCCGGCGUGCCCGGAUCGAAGGCGAAGGAGAAAGAAGCAAGACCUUUCGGGUAGCAUCGAGUCUUUAGAUCAAGCCAAAGGGCAGACUCCAGCGGCCGAGUCUCCGACUGGAGUUUCCCCUCAAAGUGAGUCCCCCCCGACCGACGAGUCUCACAGGAAACAGGGCGAGAGAUCCCCUGGCUCCCCACCCAGAGCGAACACUGAAACAACCACAACAAAGACAAAGACAACACCCACACCCACAGUCACCACCCCCCAACCCCCAACGCCUACACGAGACGACUCCCAGAGGAGGCCGUCGAGCCGCACACAGCCAACCAUGCAUGAGUCUCCUCCUUGCAAAGCCGAAGUACCUGAAGUCCCUUCACCGAGACAGUCGCCAGAGCCCUCCAAGGUAGUAAGGACUCGUAGUGUCACUAACAGUAGCCGAAGGAGCCGUGACCGGGACUCACCUGCUGCUCCGCUUCGAACUAGAGACCAAACAUUGCCAAAACAGUCUGUAGAUACUCAAGUUGCUGACCAUAGAGCAGAGCAGAGUUCUUCAUCUUCCACUAACGCAGUUCAAAGGUCAACUAACACCGCUUUGUUAUACGAUCCAGAUAACAAAGAACGCCGUAAAAUAGACUCACCAGCAACUCAAGCCAGGCCAAGCCAAGUGCCGCCGGUCCAACAAGGCUCCGGGAAGGGCAGGGACGCCAAGCCCAAGAGUGAGAAGCCUAGAGAGUUGUCUUCUUCGCUGGCUGGGAAGACUGACCCCGUGAGAAAAUCAUCCUCCUGCAGUCUGAGUUGAAGCUGUCUAAAAAUUGGUCAUUUCAAAUUUAGUAUUACGAGACAAAGUCAGUUUUCUUUACUGUUUUUUUUUUCACUGUAACAUAAAUCGUUGUAGAAAUACCCUCUUCACGUAGAGAUAGUUUUGUUUUUUGUUUUUUUAUUUGUUCUGUUCAUAGAUGCCACGUAUAUAUAUAAUGUGUUUUUUUAUAUAAAGUUGAUUUAGGUAUUGUUUACUUUUUUAUGGGGUGAAGACAUUUUUUUCUCAAAAGAUCGUAGCCUUUGUGCACAUCUACCCCGAAAAAUAUGAAAAAAGAUAUAUUUCAUUUUUCCCGAUAUUUUGAUCGGCUUUUUUGUCGCCAUCUGUUGUCUUUUUUGUGAUAUAUGAACAUACAACAGUGAGCGUUUCUUUUUGGUAAGAGACGGCUUACGAUGCCUAAUUUUGAAAAGGGAUUAUACUUACUGGACCCACAACCUGAUGAUCUGUGCAAGGAAAUUCAAACUUAAAAAAAAGAAGAAAAAAAAUAGUUACACAGAGAAACUUCAUUCCAUCUUUAGAAUGCUCUUAACUCCUCCUUCCUCUCACUUCCCUCUUCGCGUCCGUUGCCAUGACAACCAGGGCCACCAAGGACCUCGACGCCAUAUGACGCCCGACAGCCUUUGUAGUUUGUGAGGUAAUGCUUAAAAAGGACGUUGGCAUUACGAACAGAGAGAAAGAAGAAAAAGUGAAUAAUUCUUAGAUUUAGAGGACGACUUUGGGAAUUAGGAAACUAGAAAACCACUCUGAAUGAGGGUUCUUGGUUUCCUAGUCCACGUGUCUUUACAUACGUAUGUUUAUAUGUAUGUAGUACUCACAGAUACUCGAAUAUAUGCAUAUUCUUUAGAAAUGCAGAAGAAACUGGAGAUUCUUGUCAUGCAUAUAUUUUCUUUUCUUGCUUUUCUUUUUUUCUCCUUUUAACACUUCACUCACAGUUUGAGUUGAAUAAAAAAAAAACAUGUUCAUGGUUUAAUAUUGAAUAUAUGAAGUGUAUUAUAACAUUGUGCUUUUACUUAAUGCACUCAUUAUUAUUAUUGCUACUGUUACUAGCAUUAUUAUUUUCCACCGCAAAUGGCGUACACCCCCCCCCCUUAUCAAAUUAAUGAAAAAAAUAAAAAAUACCGUUUCUUUUUUGUCUUUAUCAGAUUGCUCUUUGUACAACUCACCUUAUUGAAAUCAGAUACAUCAUAAGUCAACAAAUUAGUUUUUUUCUAGACUGUUGUUCACUUUAUAUAUAAUUUUGAGAAGCGAACAUGUGACUUUGAAAGACAAAUUCCUUUUCUUUUUCCUUUCCCUUCUUCCACUCCCCUUUUCCUAAUUAUUCCUGCUCUUCCCUUUCCCACUGACUGUGAAUAAAGUGUUUAGAGACAUGGAUGUAUAUAUUCGUCUUUUUUCAUCUUUUUUUGCAAACACGGCCCUCUCUGAAACUGUUUUUUUUUUUGCAAUAAAAUAAGAUGAAGCACUAUAUCAUGUCCUUCUUCAAGAUGUAAGAUCAUUAAAAGUGAAUGAAAAAAGGAGCAUUGUUUUGUUCCAAGCGUGAGGCAUUGCAAUGACUCCGGUAUUGCAACCAAUGAAUUCAACACAGAACUGAACCAUUUGUCCCCCUUCUUCAGUGAACAGGUACUUUAUGUUAGCUCUUUGUAAAAUUGUUUAUAUGUAGGAGAAAUUAUUGAUAAUUCUUUAUUUUCCUCGCUUGGUGUAUGGAAGGAAUCUGUCACAAAAGGUUGUCUUGUGAUAUUGUAAAGUGGAGCCUUUUUUUCCUCAAUACAUGGAAUAAAUUUAUUUGUAGGAGA